AGUUUGAAUUCUGACUUUAAUAUAUUUGUUUUAGACAUGCUUGUCUCUGCACUUCUUGUGCUGGGCAUCGGCCUGAUGCCGGCCCACUCCGAACCUGCAGGAGAACACCUCGGCAGCCCUCUCCUUCAGCAGUGUUUUGAGGAGGCAAAGAAAGUCGUCGAUGAUGCCUACAAGUACUCCAGAGAAGAGAGUCUGAGACGAGUCCGCCGGGAGAUGGUGCGUCCUCACGAUGCUCUUCGUCUCCUCAAGCAGCCUCGUGGUGAGACACGCUCAGCUGUGAGAUCUGCAGACUACAUGGCACAAACCCUCCGUCUGCUGCACGAGAGAGUUCAUCAUGUGCACAAGCGCACGCUCAACGCAACAGAUUUGCUUACCGCAGAGGACCUGAGAAAGCUUGCUGAGAUAACGGGUUGUUCGGCUCGAGUCCGUAUUCCAUCGUGCCGCACAACGCCAAACCUUAACAAGUAUCGCACAGUCACCAGCGUCUGCAACAACCUGAAAGACCCUCGCCGCGGAGCCUCAAACACCCCCUUCGGCCGCUGGCUACCUGCCGAAUAUGAAGACGGCGUCUCUCAACCGAGAGGCUGGAACAAAAGCCGAACGUUCAACAACUUCAUGCUCCCAUUGGUGCGACAGGUGUCCAACAACAUCCUAAGCACAACCGACGCGGGUGUCGUCAACGACAGAGAAUACACUCACCUGGUGACCCUGUUUGGUCAGUGGAACGACCACGAUCUCACCUUCACGCCCUUCUCGCCCAGCAUCCGCUCCUUCAGCAACGGGAUCAACUGUGAUGAGAGCUGUGAGAAAACUGAGCCGUGCAUCCCCAUCGCGAUUCCCCGCGGUGACCCCCGCUUGCCCACGGGCCCAGACAGCUGCAUACCUUCAUUCAGAUCCGCACCUGUUUGCGGGACGGGAAACUCGGCCUUCAACUUCGGAGGAGAGCCCAACCAGAGGGAGCAGAUCAACGCCCUGACAGCCUUCCUGGAUCUAAGCCAAGUCUACGGCUCUGAUGAGAAGCUUGCCCUGUUUCUUCGCGACCUCGAAAAUGAUGGCGGCCUCCUGCGUGUGAAUGCAGAGUUCAGGGACAACAGGCGUGAGCUGCUGCCCUUUAGCCCCCUCCAGGCCAACAUUUGUGCCACUCGCAAACGAGUCACCAACGACACCAACGCCCGAGAGGUGCCCUGCUUCAUUGCAGGCGACGUCCGUGUGGACGAGAACAUCGCGCUGACGUCCAUUCACACGCUGUUCAUGCGUGAGCACAACCGCCUGGCCCGUCAACUGAAGAGACUAAACCAUCAAUGGGACAGUGAGACACUCUACCAAGAGGCCCGCAAGAUCAUGGGUGCUUACACACAGGUGUUUGUGUUCAGGGACUAUCUGCCUCACAUUGUGGGCGUCGACGCGAUGCGCAGACAGCUCGGCCGUUACCCCGGCUACAAUUCUAGCGUGGACCCCAGCAUCGCCAACGUCUUUUCAACAGCAGCUUACCGCUUCGGCCACUUGGCCAUCCAGCCGUUCUUAUCCCGCCUGGAUGCAAAUUACAGAGAGAACCCUCUUCUUCCCAGUGUUCCCUUGUUCAAGGCCUUCUUCGCGCCCUGGAGGAUCGUCUUUGAGGGUGGCAUCGAGCCUCUGCUCCGGGGUUUGAUCGGCCGUCCUGCUAAACUGAACACUCAGGAUCACAUGAUGGUGGACGCUCUGAGGGAGAAGCUGUUCAAGUUUGUGAUAGAUCUGGCUUUGGACUUGGGCUCUCUCAACAUGGCGCGGGGCCGUGAACACGGCUUGCCUGGUUACAACGCCUGGCGCAAUUUAUGCGGCCUGUCUCAGCCCAGGAAUCAGGCGCAGCUCGCUCAGGUCUUGAACAACAGGGACCUGGCUCGCCGGAUGCUGCGGCUCUACGGUACGGCCGACAACAUCGACGUCUGGAUGGGAGGCGUGGCAGAGCCGUUCGUCCGCGGCGGCCGCGUGGGGCCUCUGUUCGCCUGCCUCAUCGCAACGCAGUUCCAGAGGAUCCGCCAGGGGGACAGGCUGUGGUACGAGAACUCGGGCGUCUUCACCGCGGCUCAGAGAUCUGCUCUGUCCGCGGCCUCCAUAUCCAGGAUCAUCUGUGACAACACCGGUAUCACGUCUGUCCCCGCUGACGCCUUCAGCGUCCUCUCUCGCAGGAACCGGCUCGUUCGCUGCUCCAACGUCCGACGCCUGAACCUCUCAGCCUGGAGGGAGAGAGCGUGCACAGGCCCGGGUGAUGACUGUAAUGAAGUCAGUGAAAAUGAGACUGUGAAGAAGAAGACGACCCAGCCAGACCAGAAGGACCUCCAGGAGCUCCAGGCCCUCCUGGACAACGAGGUCCAAUAGGACCCCCAGGCCCUCCCGGAGAGAUAAUACUCAACCCCAAUGCUACACAGUCCCAAUCUGGCUUCUCCAUCCUUCUGGGCGAGCACAACCUAUCUUCAGAGAAAAUCAUUCAUUUCCGCCAAGUCCAGUACAACGAACAGAACCUUUACAGCACCAAUACGGGCCUGUUCACGUGCGUCACCCCCGGUGUCUAUCAGUUCAGCUUUCUCAUCAUUUCCAUUGUCCGUGUGGGAGAUGUGGACCUGAAGGUUAAUUCCAAACAGGUGCUGCGCGGUUUCAAGGUUUAUCAGGGAGGUAGCCACCUGUCAUCAGGUGACACGUUGCUCCAGCUGGAGGCGGGAGACAAAGUGUGGCUGGAGGCCAGCAGCGGGACCAUCGGCCUGAGCACCAAAAGCUACUUCUCGGGACACUUGGUCUUCGCGGCGUGACACAAACGCCCUCCAGACCGAACCUCUACCCUCUCCCAGUGCUGUCUGCUUCAGGCUCUGUUUGUUCUCCUCUCAGCAUCUUUUCACUUAUCUUCACCUUCCAUUAAUCAUAUCAAAUAUCUAUUAUUAGUAAUGUUGUUUGGUUUUUGUACCAGACGAGGGAACAUCACAUACAACUCUACACAUUCUUUUAUUUUUCUGUCAAAUUAACAAAUAUUCGCCGAAUGAUAAUGAAAUGUGUUGCUGCUAAUCGCCUCAACUCUGUUACAUCAUUCAGGCUAUUGGUCCACAAUUUAGUCAGUUCAGAAAAUAUUUGGCAAUGAUCAAAUGUAAGAUUGCCUUGUAAUGUGUGUUGUGCUUUUCUGUGUGGCUUUUUAUUUUUUUACUGAAAAUAUAUGUUGUUUUUUCUGUUUUAUGAAUAAACUAUAGAAACUGA